ACCACCGCAUCCUCCACCGUUCUACGGCCUCCCCCAUCAGGCCAUCACCCAGACGGCUAAAAACACCAUGGCCUCGCAUCACGGCGGCCACAUCCCCUCCUACCUCGCCCCCGCCGCCGCCCUCCUCUUUGCCUUCAUAAUCGCGUUUCCAGCAUCCGGCGACCCCCUCGGACAGUUCUGCGGCAGCAGUGGCAACUUCACCGCGAACAGCACCUACCAGGCCAACAUCCGGCGCCUCUCCGCCACCCUCCCCAAGAACACCUCCUCCUCACCGACGCUCUUCGCCACCGACACCUUCGGAACCCUCCCGGACAUCGUCUACGCGCUCGCGUUCUGCCGCGGGGACACCAGCGCGGCCAACUGCAGCGAAUGCGUCGCCACGGCCUUCCUGGACGCGCAGCAGCGCUGCCCGUACAACCAGGAUGCCACCAUCUUCUACGACCCCUGCGCACUCCGCUUCUCUAACCAGAACUUCCUAUCCUCCACCAAUGGCGACAGCAGAUCACUCAUCCUUCUGAACAAUCAGAACAUGUCCGUACCGGCCAAGGUGUUCGACACCGCCGUGGGCGUCCUCGUGAACGCCACCGCCGAUUACGCGGCUGCGAAUUCCUCCAGGAGGUUCGGCACUGGAGAGGCGGGGUUCGAGACGGUCGACGAGGCUAAUCCAAAGAUUUACGGUCUGGCGCAGUGCACGCCGGACAUGGCACCGGCCGAUUGCCGGACCUGCCUCCAGGGUAUCAUCGCGAUGAUGCCGCAAUACUUCAGUGGGAGGAAGGGUGGCCGGAUUCAACAAUUGCGGUGCAAUUACAGGUAUGAGCUGUAUCGCUUCUUCAAUGGGCCUUCCCUGCUGCAGCUCCGGGCGCCAUCCGUGGGGUUGGCUCCAGCUCCAGCGCCGGCGAACGUGAAGCCACCGCUAGCCGGAGGAGGAAGCACAGGGAACGGAACAGCUAGAAUUUUAGCUAUUACACUGCCGAUAGUUGCUGCAGUACUGGCUGCUGUUGUAAUUUGUCUUUAUCUAUGGAGAAGGAAGAGCACACCCGCGCGAAAGACAUCACUAUCGUAUCCAACCAAUCCAGAGGACAUACAGAGCAUUGAUUCACUCAUUCUCGAUCUAUCAACUCUACGAGUCGCAACAGAUAACUUUGAUGAAAGGAAUAAACUUGGUGAAGGAGGGUUUGGUGUGGUUUAUAAGGGAAUCCUUCCUGACAAUGAAGAAAUAGCAGUUAAAAGGCUCUCUCAAAGUUCUCGCCAAGGGAUAGAGGAGCUGAAAAAUGAGCUUGUUUUGGUUGCUAAGCUUCAACACAAGAAUUUAGUGAGACUUCUUGGUGUUUGCUUGGAGGAACAAGAAAAGUUACUUGCGUAUGAAUACAUGCCCAACAAAAGCCUUGACACCAUUCUUUUUGAUCCUGAUAGGAGCAGUCAGCUAGAUUGGGGGAUGAGAUUUAGGAUAGUCAAUGGAAUUGCUCGAGGCUUACAAUAUCUUCAUGAAGAUUCUCAGCUGAAGAUAAUUCACCGGGACCUCAAAGCGAGCAACAUUCUUUUAGACUCUGACUUUAAUCCUAAGAUUUCAGAUUUUGGCUUAGCAAGGCUAUUUGGAAGUGACCAAUCCCAUGAUGUCACCAACCGUGUCGUCGGAACCUACGGAUACAUGGCCCCCGAGUAUGCUAUGCGUGGGAGUUACUCUAUCAAGUCGGACGUGUUUAGCUUCGGCGUCUUGAUUUUAGAGAUCGUUACUGGAAAAAGAAACAGCGUCGCAUAUGAUUCCGAGCAAGCUGUAGAUCUCUUAAGUUUGGUCUGGGAGCACUGGACGAUGGGAACAAUUGUAGAGAUCAUGGAUUCGUCCAUGACUAGCCAUUCUCCUGGAGACCAGAUGCUCAAGUGCAUGCACAUCGGACUUCUGUGUGUUCAAGAAGACCCAGCUGAUAGACCGAUGAUGUCGGUUGUGACUGUCAUGCUAAGCAGCAGCACUGUGUCUCUCCAAGCUCCAUCUAGGCCAGCAUUUUGCAUCCAAAAGAGUGACAUGAACUACUCAGGCAUGCACACGGAUCCAUAUCCAGGAGUUUCACACUCUACCAGCAGAUCACCUAUGUCACCAAACGAAGUUUCGAUUACUGAACUUGAGCCGAGAUAAGUCUGAGACUGAUGAUGUAUUCAUUAUAUAUGCCAUUAGGGAAAGACCCUACAUCAUAUGUAUAAUAAACUCGGCCCCCUUGGUGGUAGGAAUUUUAUUGAGCAAUGGCAUAAUACGCGAGUGUAAUUA